GCAUUUCGCCUUCACCAUACUAAACUCGACGAGCACUAUGGCCUCCACGGACGCAUUCGUUCUGCAGCAGGAAAUUCUCGAAAAGUUUGGGACCGUGUUGGAUGAGAAGCUUGCGCCAGAAUGUGUGAGGCUUUGCCAAAUGUUCAACCUGAGCGCGGAGGACCUCUUGUAUAAAUGGGAGGUCCUGGUUCUCGGUGCAGCACGUGUAUUCCCCCCGGACAUGAUACCGGCUCUCAAGGCCAAAUGUCAGAGCGAUAUCGCGAAAGCAAAUACAGCUCGACAGAAGCUGAAAUCUGGCUUCAACGGAUCCUUUGGAAGAACUCGUGGUGCUUUUGGCAGAUUAAACACUCGGCUGAACGGGCAGACGGUUCAGGGCACGCCGACGAAACCGAACGUACAACGACAGGAUGGGCUCGGCGUGGCCUUGGGUGAGGAUAUGAAGGUGCCUGUUGCCGGACCUAGCAAGGUCAAAUUCAUUGGGCCAACUAUAGAUGAGGAUUUACGAAAGAGGCGUGCAUACCGCUACAUGUAUGAGAAGGUGUAUGAACGCAGCACAGCUCUUGACAGACGUAUCGAUGAGUUCGGCGAACUUGUCAUGGAGCAUUAUCAUAUCGAGGAGCUCGGCGACCCGACCGCUGCUACAGAAGAGGAGGUUACUAUCGUAGGACGCAUAACACUAGACUCUGAGACAUCCGCAGGCCCUGUCAAACUCAACGAGGCUGCUCUUACUUUGGAGUCAUCUCGUAUGAUGGGUUCAGGAGCAAGAGUGCCACUGCGUUUCGAUCCAAAUGUCAAAGUCCGUCAAGGCAAACAGGGAGUCGGCGGCAUUGGCCUGUUUCCAGGGGCGAUCGUUGCUCUGAGAGGCAAGAACGGCGGCGGAGGAUGGUUUUCUGUCACUGAGAUACUCGCGCUACCUCCGUUGAAAGCUUGUCGAGAUGCUGCAGCGCCGCCACACCCUGGUUCAUCGUUCAGCAUGGUAGUUGCAUGCGGCCCGUUCACCCCGGAUACGGACUUCCAAUACAAGAACUGGCAUAGGCUUUUGGCGAAGAUCAAGGCGGAGAAGCCGAACGUUAUGCUUCUCUUAGGUCCCUUUAUAGAUGCUGCUCAUCCUUUCAUCAAGGAAGGCGAGAUAGAUGUCUCCCCAUAUGAUAUCUUCAGGGAGAUUGUCGUCGCAAACUUGAUGGACUUUUUAGCGUCAUCUCCGGGCAGCUUGAUUCUGAUCGUGUCCAGCGUGCGGGACAUCAUCAGUGACCAUGCGGUAUUCCCGCAGUGUGAAAUGGACGCGGAGUUCUCGAGCGAUCCGAGAAUUCGUUUUCUGCCCAAUCCCUGCAGGUUCUCGCUGAACAAUGUCACGUUCGGGGUCAGUAGUGUUGAUGUCCUUUUCCAUCUAAGGAAGGAAGAGUUCUUCAAGCGAGCAGAGGAGAUAGAAUCAGUUAUACCUGAAGCAGGAGACGUGCAGCCGAACGAUGCGAUGUCGAAUGCAUGUCGGCAUUUACUGCAGCAACGCAGUUUCUACCCACUAUUCCCGGUUCCGCUUGAGCUGGCACAUGAGGUCAAUCUCGACGUGACACAUCUCAAAGGGCUGGACCUCUGUGCUGGCGAGGGUGUGGAGAAGGACAAGGCUCCGGAGGUGCUCAUAACGCCCAGUAGGCUGAAGCACUUUUCAAAGCAUGUUGAUUCUACGGUUGUUGUCAACCCUUCGUUCUUGACGAAGGGUACAUUUGCGAAGUUGACUUGCGACGGGACUGUGGUUACCGAGAUUUUGCGACUAGAGUAACUUGAGCGUGUUGGGUAGAAUUUGAUGUAUACCUUAGCACUGUCACUACGAUCUCGACUACUAGACUUACCAUAGCAGGACAUGCACCCG